CGGCCCCACGGAAGCGGCCGCGCCGUUUCCUGCACGGGGGGGGAGCACGGGGUGAGUGCGGGGUGCCCCCUAUACCCUGCAGCCGUUCCCGAUCCCGUCUCCCCACACCCAGCGAUGCCCACGGAGCCCCUGAUCUGCGCCGACACGGCCACGCGGGUGAGCUCCGUGCUGAACCGGGACGUGAAGCAGUUUGGGAAGAAGCACAUGUUUGAUGCCAACGAGGAGACGUGCUGGAACUCGGACCAGGGCGCGCGCCAGUGGGUCGCCCUGGAUUUCCCGCGCACCGUCAAGGUCUCGCAGCUCCACAUCCAGUUCCAGGGGGGGUUCUCCAGCCGGCUGUGCACGCUGGAAGGCUGCAGAACGGGCGAAGAACUGGUGAAAAUAUCCGAGCUGUACCCCGAGGACGUUAACGCCAUGCAGAGAUUCCAGGUGGAGGAGACGGCUCUGGAUAAGCUGAAGAUCACCUUUGAGAACAGCACGGACUUCUUUGGGCGCAUCGUGGUGUACCACUUCAGGGUGCUGGGGGAGAGGCUGUAGGGCAGCGGCGGGGGGGGGCUGCUCUCCCAGCACCCUCAUUCCCCCCCCCAGGGGCUCUGCUGCAUGGGGAGAAACGGGACAGCAAACGCUGCCAGCAGGGGUGCGCUGCCCCCAACUGCGCCCCGAAGUGCUGAUGGAUGGAGAGGGGACCCCACCCCCCGGCAGCGCAGGAGGGACGCUCAAGCAGAGAUCCACGUGCUGGACUUGCAAGCCACCUUUGGUGCCUUUUUGAGGGGGGGGGGGGGAACGCAGCCCGUGCAGCCGGCUGAAUAAACGGUGGUGGUGGCCCCCAGCUCCUUCCCGGCUGCUCUUUGGGCCAGAGGCACCCCAGGACGGGGCCCUGUGGGGUUUGCCCUGCCCCAGCCCUGUUUUUGGUUCUGCUGCCGUGAUGUUGGUGCCUGGUUUGGGCGGGGGAGAGGAGGAGAAGCUGCUCACUCCUCGUGCUGGGGACUCUGGCUGUCUCCCCCCUUUGGUAACCACCCCGGAGCUGCUCGGAGCAGCUCUUUGCAGGCUCACAAAGCGCGGGCUCAGCUGUUGGCCGGGGCCGUGCUGUGUUCCUGGCUGGCAGGGUGAUGUUUCCUGCAGGAUUUUGCUCCAUGCCCAUGGGUAUUUCCCCGGCUGGUUACAGGGCUGCGUGCAGGGAGGGCUUGGCAAGUUUACAGGUGCAAGAGGGAGCCACGCUCUUCAGUGAGGCAGCUCUGGAGAGGAAUAUGGGGACACCGGGAGGGUGCCAGCCUCAAAGAGCUUGGUUGGUCCAGUUCCCUAUUAGCUGGUGCUGGGAUCGGGGGCUGGCUGCUGUGACAGACCAGGGGGAUGCAACUGAGGUAACAGACAGGGCUCCACACGGCUGCUUUUAGAGUUUACUUCCAAAGAAUGCAAUACUUGAAUGCACGCACGAAGCAGCCGAGCCCAGAGGGAGCAGAAAUGCAGCCGCCCUGAGGAGUGAGUGUCCCCGGGUGCGAGGCACCGAGGCCGUGCCACCUUCCCGGAGUGGCAUAAAUCCGCCGAGGCCAGGCGGUUGGUUCACAGCUUCCUCCACGUGCUCCUUGCUCGAAGCAUUGUGGUGCUGCUGCCCGUUUUGGGACCGCUGGGUCAGGCCACGUUGGUCCCAGAGGAGAGCCCUGCGUCGGCCAGGAGAAGCGCUGGUGCUGCAGCGGUGCAGCGUGAACCACUGUCACUCCAACCCUUUGUUCUGGAAUAGCUUGAGGAUGUGAUUUUCAAUAACCUGUUGGACUAAUGAGGGGAAGAGAAGGGAGAGAGAUGAAACCCAGGGAAGCCAAGCCUGUUAGAACCCAGGUCUGCUGUGGGCAGGACCUGGUCACUGUUUGGCUCCUGUUUUCCAACGGGAAGCUGGAAAAUCCCUUUCUGCAGGGGCCCAUCUCCCCUGUCCCAGUCCCGCUGCCAGCACAGCUCUCGUUUGGAGGGGGAGCAAGGGGAACAGGACCUAGUUUGACUUCUCUGGCUUGGUUUCUCUGCAUGGCAGAGCAGGGAGCUGUGGUGGAAGGUCAAAGAAAGCCCUGAGCUGGGCUGGGAGCUGCCUGUAGGCUUGCUGCGGAGGGAAGUCAGGUCUCCCUGCCACGUGUGGAAGGGACACUUGCCUUUCUUGUGUCCCAGGGCCACGGCCAGGUCCAUCGGGGUGUAGCCAGAAUCUGCUUCUGUCGUCAGGUCGGCACCGCGAGCUGCAAGCAGGCAGUGGCAGUCAGGGCGCAGCGUGCCCCUGCUGACACGGCGUCCCCUCUGGGGCCGGUGCAGGGCGAGGAGACCCCCAAAAAGCGCCCCUCCUGGCCGGGCAGCGCCCCGUGACACCCCCAGGCUGCUCAGUCUUUCCCCCCGGGCACGUCACGCUCUGUCCCCAAGGCGGUUACCGACAAGCCACAACUCGAGGCCGAGGAUUAAGCGCAGAUCUUCCCCGUUACCUAGUAGGGCCUCCACACACUUGACGUGAUUGCCGCGCACGGCGUAGAGCAGAGGAGUGCCGCCGUUCUGCAGGGAAAGGGAAGGGGCUGUGUCAUUGCUGGCCUCGCACAGGGCUGUGCCCACACAGCUCCCGCUCCUCCCAGAGCGGUCGAUCCCUGACCCGCUGGGCUCCCCUUUCUACCCUCUCCCAGCUCCGGGCUGAGUGUUUCCUUGCAGAGCGGCUCUGCGCAGGUUUUAUUCUCUGUACGCAAUAAAAUAACUGUAAUUUCAAAGACAA